AUGGCACUGCAAGCCUGUUUCAUUGCUGCCACCAUAGAAGAUGUGCCAUUGUACAACAACAGUUUGCGUAUUAUGAAAUUUUGGUCAUUGCUAUUGCGGCACAAUUGGAGACGCUAUGCAAAUUUAAUACCCUAUAUUUUGAUAACAAUGUCACAAUUUGUGGAUAUUUACUUUAGUAAAGAGCCCAUGGAUGCCAUGAUAAGGAAUGCCUAUUUGGCGGUACUAUUUUUCAAUACCACCUUUAGGGCGGUGGUGUUGUGUGCCAAUCGUUUUGAGUUUGAGGAAUUUUUAGAGCGAGUUCGUCUACUAUACAACGAUCUAAUGAAGUUCGAGGAUAUUUGGGUAAGAAAAAAAUUGCAAGAGAUAACGCUGGCAGCCAACUCGAUAUCAAAAGUCAAUUUGGUUAUGGGCACUUGCUCGGUCAUAAGUUUUUUAAUGUAUCCACUAUUUGCCACAACGAAGGUUUUACCCUUUGGCAUUUAUGUGCCAGGAGUGAACAAAUAUGAGUCCCCAUUUUACGAGAUAUUUUUCCUAGUUCAAAUUAUAUUGGCCCCCAUCGGCUGCUGCAUGUUUAUACCCUUUACCAAUUUGAUGGUAGCUUUGCUUUUAUUCGCCAUACUGAUGUGUCAGGUGCUGCAGAGAAAAUUGAGGCACUUAAAGGAUUUAAAUUCACAAGAGGCUAGAGAAACUAUUGUGUGGUGCAUAAAAUAUCAGUGUCAGUUGAUGAGAUACGUAAACACCAUAAAUGAUUUGACCAGCUAUACUUUUCUUGUGGAGUUUUUGGCUUUUGGUGCCAUGUUAUGCGCCAUGAUGUUUACAUUGGUUACGGUGGAGACCAUUAGUCAAAUGUUGCUGAUUUGCAUUUACAUUUUAAUGAUUUUUGCCCAGAGCUCUAUUCUGUAUUACUAUGCCAAUGAACUGUAUGAUGAGAGUAUGAAUGUGGCCAAUGCAGCUUUUGAAAGUGAUUGGUUCAAUUUUGAUAUCUCCAAUCAAAAAAUGUUGAAGUUGUUGAUUUUGAAGGCCCAACAACCAAGUGCGAUAAUGGUUGGUCACAUAUAUCCUAUGAAUUUGAAGCUGCUACAGUCUCUACUUAAUACCACCUAUACUUAUUUUAACUUACUGCGAAAUGUUUAUAACUAGAGAGUUGAGGAAAAUAAAACAAUCUGAUUUUUAGUUUAAACUUG